AUGGCUCCCUCAGAGGACCAGCUCAAGACAGACGAAGAUAUUUCUGCCUCCGGUGAUGCACUGGAAGAUGUACCAGCGAACAAAAUCACCACUUUUCAUGGCAGACUGCAACAUUUCCUGCAUAGAAGCAGCGAAUCCCAAGGCAGAGCAAGUGCACCAAGCACAGCCAUAGCCCAAGAGCGCACGAGCAUCAAGACUGAAGAGACAGAACCCACCUCAAAGCGCAAGAAAACAACCCUCCAAACAGCAUCCGAAUCCACAAUUUCCCAAUCAACAACAGCACCCUCCCCAAAACGCAAGCGCACCACACCAUCCCCGCAAAUCCACCCCACAGCCCCAGGCCCAUCCGCCGCAGAAUCCCUCCUUGUUGACACAAUCCCACCAAACCUUGUCCUCCUCCUAGUAGGCGUGAAUCCGGGUAUAAUGACCGGAAUAACGGGGUACGCGUAUGCUCACCCGUCGAACCUAUUCUGGAAACUGCUGCAUUCCUCCGGGAUAACAAGCACGCGCCACAAACCCGCCGAUACAUACAAAUUACCGGCGCUGUACAGCGUCGGCAACACGAACAUUGUGGAGCGGCCGACGCGCGACGCGAGCAUGCUCAGGCGGGCGGAGAUGGAUGCCGGCGUGCCGAUACUUGAGGCUAAGAUUGCGGCGCAGCGGCCUGAGGUUGUGGGGCUUGUUGGGAAAAGUAUCUGGGAGGCUGUUUGGAGGGUUCGGAAGGGCAGGGGCAUUAGGAAGGAGGAGUUUCGGUAUGGUUGGCAGGAGGAAAAAAUGGGGGUUACUGACGAGUGGGAGGGAGCGAAGGUGUUCGUGACAACGACUACUAGUGGGCUUGCGGCGGGGAUGAAACCGGCUGAGAAGGAGGCUGUUUGGGCAGAGUUGGGGGAUUGGGUUGUUAGGAGGAGAAGGGAGAGGGGAUUUGUUCCUGGGAAUCUCGAGGGUAAUAUAUUGGUUAAAGACGAGGAAGUUUGA